GUGUGAACUCUCAGUUGAGUUUUGAACUUCAACAGGUGUUGAAUACGCGCUAGACUAGAAAGCGAUCCCACGAUCAAGCGACUCGCGAUCAAAAGCCAAUAUUUGGAUUACUUCGCUUCACUCAGAGAAAAGUUGUCUGCAAGCAGACCGCUCAUAAGUUUGCCCAUCUAUUUCCUGGUCCAUUUCAGUUUGCCCAUCUACCGGAAAAUGGGUCGCCAGUCGACUUGCAGGCUGGUCCUGCUGCUGGCCUUUAGCCUGGCACUAAUCCACGCCAGCCACUCAAACACCGUGGGCCCCAAGAUCCACUUCAUCCACGAUGAUCUGACGGAAAACGAGAUGAACUCCGGAGAGGAGGUGAGCCCGACCGACACUCUGCCCAAGAUCUCCACACCCAAGGUGAAGAAUUUACCCGUGGAGACGACCACCAAGAGUCCCGCAAAGAAAACCACAUUCGCCGGCACCGAGAAAUCCCUCAGCGAGGAGGCCUUAAAGGAUCUGAUGGAGGCGGCCAAGCACAGCCAGGCUUUGGCUGAGGAUCCGCACUUCAACAAGAUGCUCAAUACCACCGUGGAGAAGGACGCCGGAGAAAAGAACUCCACCGAUACCUACGACAGCGAAUACUAUGAUGAUUACAACUACUUCGAUGAAGAUACCGAGACGACCUCCGCGAGUCCCAAGAAGGCUAAGAGCAACCCCAAGCUGCAGGCCAUUGUGGAUGCCAUCUACACGAAGGCCAAGAGCAAGUCUAACGACCAAAAGAGCAAGGAGAGUGCUAAUGAUAUCGAUAGCGAUUCCCAGUAUGACUACGACGAGGAGCUGGACGACGAUGAUGAAGAGGACGAUGCCUCUGAUGAACUUUUGACAGAUGAUGAGCAAGUCGUUUUCAGCGAGGACGUGCCCUGUCCAAGAUUCUGUCAGUGCGCCCGGAAUGUCAACAGUUAUCUGGUGGCCACCUGUAGCCGACUUGACAUGGGCAUCCAGAAGUUUGGCUCUGAUAUUACGGACUUGAUUGUGGCCAAUGUGGGUCCCAAGUACCCCAUCCUGAUGGGACCCAACUUUUUCCAGAAUCUGGGCCUUAAGAAUGUGGCUUCCAUCAAGAUCGCCAACUGCACCUUGGAGUACCUGCAUGCCGAGGCCUUCCACGGACUGAACGAGCUGUACGCUGUUAACUUGACGGAUGUGGGUUUGGCCAUCAUCAAUCCCGACACCUUUGUUGGCAACAAGAAACUGCGCAUGCUCACCAUUUCGGGUAACGACCUGAGUGUGAUGUCCAGCAUUCACUAUCUGCUGAAGUCUUCCAGCAUUGAGGAGCUGGACUUCUCGCGCAACAACCUUAUGGAGUUGAACCCCAAGGCCUUCUCACAGCUAUCCAAUGUCGUCUACAUCAACCUGAGCCAGAACAGUUUCAAGAAACUCCCCGAGAAGGCCUUUGAGAAGGUCACUCUUCUGGAAGAAUUGGAUCUGUCUUACAACUCGCUGACUGAACUGCCCCGCGAUAUCUUCAAUGGCACCACACUGUCCAUUCUGCACCUCAAAUACAAUACCUUCAAUGGCGAUCUGCACUUUGGCACCAAGGAUCUGCAGCAGCUGGACCUGAGCUUUAACUCUAUUGUCCAAGUGCACCACAGCAUGUUCGACAAGAUGCCCGGUCUGACCAAUCUGAACCUCAAGGGCAAUGGCAUUAAGAAGAUCCAGCCAGACUCGUUCCUUACCUUGAAGAACCUGCGCCACAUCGAUCUGUCGAUCAACGACCUGGACCAGAUCUCGGGAAUGCUGUUCUUCAAGAACUCAGAGCUGGACGUAAUCCGUUUGAACGAUAAUCCUCGCCUGAGCCAGCUGCCCACCGAUGGCUUCCUGAGCUACAGCGGUGAGUUCACCGUCUACUAUCUGGAUAUUUCCAAUUGCGCGAUCGGUCCACUGGGUCACAAGGCCUUCUCCACGAUGCCACAUCUGACCACCUUGAAGUUGGCCUGGAACAACAUUAAUCACCUGCCACGUGAGAUUUUCACUGGACUUCACAAGCUGAUUGACUUGGAUCUGAGCAACAAUCUGAUCGCCCGUAUAGACGAUGUGAUCUUCAUGGACAACGGAGAGCUGACCAAGCUAAGCCUGGCCGGAAAUCCCAUCAGCCGCUUGUCCAUCCGUCUCUUCCUGCCGCUGCACCAACUCCGUUCCCUGGACGUCAAUGACUGCGAGCUUGCAACCCUGCUCUCCGAUCGCAAGUUGGGUAUGGGUUACAAGAUCUUUGACAGCCUGCGCAGCUUCAACGCCUCUGGAAACUUGAUCAAGAAGAUCUCCUCGGAGGAUGUAAAGAGCUUCAAGAACCUGCGCUCCCUGGAUAUCACCAACAAUCCGUUGAAGUGCACUCACGACUUCCAGGACUUCAUCAGCUACGUCACCCUGCAGAUGCAGAUGACUCCCAGCCGCCUGCCGGUGCUGGCUAAUCUGGAGGAUGAUGCCACCAUUGUCCAGCUGGAGAGCCAGGCUCAGGCCGGUUGGGCGUCUUUGGCCCACGAGGUGUGCAAGCAUGCCGAGGAAUCAGAUCUCUUGGACGAGAAGAAGGCCGACAGUGCCGAAGCCAAACUGGAGAAGCGUCUGAAAGAAAGCGAGAAGAAGCUGGACGAGGAUGAGGCUAAGUUGCUGAGUGUCUUGGACAAGAGUGUGCUGGACAAGAGCAGGCUGAGCAGCAUGCAGAAGAUCAUGAAGGGAUCGGUCAGCACUGAAACCGCAAAGCCUGAGGAUGAUGCCGACGAGGAGAACAUGAACAAUGGCGGCGAGGAUAAGGGAGAGGACAGCAGUGACUAUGACAGUGAGGAGGAUGAUGAAUAUGAUGAGGACGAUGAUGAUGACAACAACGAUUACGAUCGCUUCGAGGAGGCCAAGAAGAAUGCCAAGGCCAAGGCCGAUUCUAACAAGGCCUUCGACUCGUUUGUGAACAAAGAACUGAAGCCAGUGCUGAAGAACGAUGGCAUCCAGGCGGAGGAAGUGGACAUGUCUCAGGAGACUCGUGAUAAGUUCCUGCUUGAGAAACUGGGCUUCGACAGCGGAAGCGAAGAAUCGGAUGAGUACACCGAGAAGGUUAUCUAUCACGGCGAGUUCUCCUACGACCUGGUGAUCGCACUGAUCGUCGUGUCCUUCUGCCUGCUGAUGAUCGUGCUGUCCAUCGCUCGAGUGAUCUACGUGGUGCUGCGCAAGCGCGGCGAGCGCUACCGCAUGGCGCUUCUGGCCUCAAAGAACUCGUUCGUGUACCAGAAGUUGAGCGAGGACAUCGUGAAGCCCACCAGCAAGGAGCAGAAGGAGCCCAAGCAUCUGAAGCAGCCGAAGGUGCACCGAUACGCGCCCAUCAAUCAGGUCUAAGUCGAACGAGUUGCGCUGUUUUUCUAAUUUAUAAGUAUAUUGAUAGUUGAAAAAGUGGAAAAUCAGACAAUUUACUACACACAAACACAAGAAUGUAAGAAACAGGAGGAGGAGCAGUAGCUGGCAGUUAAAAGUAUUAGCGAGAGUGCGAGGAAACAAAGCAACAACUGAGAAAUACUUGAAUCCAAAUAAGAGAAUGAAAGAGAGCGAAUAAAUCUUUAACAAAAUCCUUUAUCCCUAAAAUAGCCUGUACCACCCAAUCUUGUUAGGACCACUCAAAGAUUCUUGGUAACAGCAGAGGUGGGUUUUCAGAGAACGCGUUUGAUGAUCAACCGUUUCGAAAGCAACGGACUUGCAAUUUAUCGAACCAAUCGAGCCCAACAACAACAAUCCAUAUCCAAUUUAUCCACAUCGGUCUUCUGAGAAUUUCGGGAACAACUUGAAGAUUUAGUGCCAUUUUGCAAAAAUUCAAAUCGAUCGAAAAUUACUUAAACACAUUAGGGUUUCUAAACUGAGUGUCAAGUCAGGAACAAGAAACGAGGAGCGAGAAAGAGAAAGUAGUAAGCGUUUUAGAUGCGGGUCUGUGUAGGAAACGGUUAGGAGACUCCCUAGAAUGACGUCUGAUUUAUAAUCUGAUCAAGAGAUGAGAGAAAUAAUUAAUGCAUAAACUAUGUUAAGACUUUUUUAUUAUCUUUUUUCCAAUCGAUGGCAAGUGACUGCUUGACCGAUUCGACAUUGAAACCAAUUCCGAAAACAAUAAAUUAUUUUAACCAAA